AUGCCGGGCAUUCCCCGUAACGCUGGCCGGCCUAGCAAUCCGAUGGUUCAACGCCCUCCCAAAAGAUCCAUCACAGCUUUCGCAGACAUAUCCCAGAGCUUCCUGGCUUGGUUCACGACACGCAUAGCCAAGGUGAAACACCCAAUCAACUUAUUGGGGGUUACCCGAAAACUCGGGGAGCCGACCAGGAAGUUCCUAGAUAGAUUCAACGAUGAGUGCUUAGAGAUCGACGGCCUCACGGACUCAGUCGCUAGUCUAUGCCUAACAAACGGCCUGUUAAAUGAGGACUUUAGGAAGCACAUCACAACUAAGCCUGUAUGGACCAUGCAGGAAAUUCAAAGCGUGGGUAAGGAAUACAUCAACGAUGAAAAAGUCAGUCAGGUUGUAGCAGCCAAUAAGCGGCAGCUCCUUAACUCUUCAGCUCAGCAGGUCCCUCAGGUCGAUAGAUGCAAGGAGGCCCCCAAGGAUGGAACCCCAACCAAGCAGCACAGACAACCUCCGCGGGUCAGAAGGUUCACAAACUAUACGCCACUCACGGCGCCCAUAGUGGAAGUUUACCAGCAAAUUACAGACAAGGGAAUCCUGUCCAGAUGCAGACCAUUGAAAGAGAGAACGGGAGGCAAUAAGAACCUUUACUGUGAUUAUCACAAGGGUUUCGGGCACAAGACCCAAGACUGUUUCGACCUCAAAGAUGCCUUGGAACAGGCUAUCCAGGAAGGAAAGUUAAGUGAGUUCUCUCGACUUAUUCGGGAGCCAAGGAGACGAGAACGGGAGCGCUCAGAAGAAGAUCGGAGCCGUACCGUCAAGGCAAGACAAGAACCCGCAGGGGCCACUGACAACCCUCCAACUUUUGUGGUGAACGUCGUGGUCGGACGAGAUACCCCCCCCCCAAAUCUAAGUUAG